GGAGAGUGGCCAGUGAGAAUUCAACCCACUUCCUAUCUUUCCUACAACAUCACCAGAGCAGUUUUGGAACUAAUCAAAGAUGCAUCCUCACUUACACACAAAAGACAACACUGCUUGCGAGGACAUUAUGAAUGCCCUUGAAGAAUGCCACGCCAAAGGCUUUCUCUGGAAAUCAUUGGGCAUGUGUUCCGAUACCAAAGAUAAACUCACGUUAUGUCUAAGAGCCGAACGAGUAAAGCGCACUGCAAACAAUCGAGGAAUAGCCAGAUCUAAACGCGACGAAGUGAAAAGGUUAUGGGACGACAUCGACGAGAACUCAUAGCGCGCGCACAAUGAGAAAUCCCGACUAUCGUCUGUAUAAUACGAA